CAUGGGUCCAGCUAGAAAGGCUGAGAGAACAUGGUGUAAUAAAUCCUUUGAAUUCCACUGUGUUGUAAUCGGCUUUGAAGCUGGGUGAAAAAUGACCUCUGAGCUGUGAGAGAAAGGAAGAAAAGCACAUGCUGGGGAACCCCGGGGGAAAGGAAGGCAAAUGUGUGCACAGACAGACCCUAAGUCAAUAACAGGUGAGUCAUUUGCUUCCUCUCUGGGGAUCCAACAGAUGAUGAAGGCAUCUUGGAAAAUCCCACAGAUUAGGGGGAAAGCAGCCAGCAGCCUGGUUUUACCCCACCAAAAGGACUCAUCAGAAUUGUGGUAGACUUAGAAAAACAAAAAGGCCCAGGAGGCAGGACAAGUGGGUUCCUGUACUAACUCAGACCCUGAUCAGCGCUGGGAGGGCAAUUAGGUGCCAGCCUGGGAGUCAGGAAGAUAUGAGUUCAAACCUGGCCUCAGAACUUAUCAAUUGUGUGACCCUGGUCAAGUCACCAAACUGUUUGCCUCUGUCAAUGAGAUGGAAAAGGAAAUGGCAAGCCACUCCCAAUAUCUUAGCUAAGAAAAGACCAAAAGGAGUCAUGAAAAGUCAGACCACCCAAAGAGUAAGCUGUAGAAUAAGCUGUAGAAACUCAGACAGCAAGCUGCUUCAUCCUAUCUGCAAAGUGCUUUCCCAGCCCUUUAAUGCUCCAGAAAUUAAAGCUAUUCUGUAGGUCUAUGAUCCUUGAGCAGCAGAAAAGGGACUUGAAGUUGCUGUUCUCAGGGCCCUUUCAGCUCUAAUAUACUCUGUGCCCGCUCAUAGGUUUAGACCUGAAAGGUACCUUAGAACUUAUCCAGUCUGUCCCUUUCGCUCAACAUGAAAUGAGUCACAAAUGAGGGGACUGAGGCAGAGAAAAAUUGAGUCACGUAUCCAGGGCCUUGGAGUUAGUACAUAUCAGAGGCAAGAGUUGAACCUGGGUCUUGCAUACCCAAAAUUCAGCACUUUAUUCACUAUUCCACACUGUCUUGGUCCUACAUCCUCUCCUCUAUUCCCCUCCAGGUUUAGGAAACAAUAUCCUUUUAGAUUGAAUAAAAUGCUAUCAGAAGAGUGGGAAGGGAAUGUAUUUUCCAGAAAAGACACAAAAUCGGACCCAUCUUUGACUUGGGUGAAGAAUGAAGAGGAAAAUGGGGAAAGGGGUCCAAUCAAAUGAAUACUAAAAACCCACAGAAACGACAAGUAAGACCAAGUUCACUUGCUAGGGGAAAGGAUCACUCCAGAGUUCUCAAUCAAAUUCCGUUAGGGCAGCAUGUUCUGAGACUCAGAAAUACAAGAACAUUCUUGUCACCUCCUCCUUCCUUAAUCCUUUCCCAAGAUCGCAGAGAGUGGGAACUCUGAGUCCCUUUCUGCCCUCCAACAAUUCACAGGAAAAAUCCUUGAAGCAAAAAGUGGAGCCAUGCAAGUAGGGCUGCUGGAGAACUCUAGCCACUUGACCUGCCUUCCUGGGCAUCUUUCAGAAGCCCAGUGCACCAACCCCCUCCCUCCUCCUUUUGGCUCCUACAACAUUGUGAAAGGCUCAGGCUGUUCCUUGGGCUCUGUUGUUGAUUUCUCAUGUCAAAUGGGAUAUCAGCUGAUAGGAAGCCGAAUGAUGAUUUGCCUCUUGGGGGACAAUGGUACAAUUUGGAGUCAUCCUGAACCCCACUGUGAGGAGGUUACCCCCAGGUCACCCAGUGAUGGCUACCAGGGGGCAGUGACUGUCCCUCUCAUCAGUGGUGCUAUCAUCCUAGCCAUCUCCAUCUCAUUUAUCAGGUGCUGCCUGCAAGAGAGAGGGCUGAGGAGCAGCUCAGGGGCUAAUCAGGCCAUGUAUCACCAAGGCAGGAUGGCUAAUGCAGGAAGGAGAGCUGGUUCAGCUGUCAAGGUGCAACAGAAGCAUGUGGUGACUGAUGGAAAGGAGCAGAGACAGAGGGAGCACCUCCCUACUCUUCUAAGUUCCAUUUAUCCCGGAGCCCUUACAAUCUAUGACAACUGGGGCUUUCAGAGGAGUCAAGAGGCUCAGCCUUGGGCCACUGUGCAGACUUUGAGCUGCGAAGUCCCAGUCUUCAGGCCAACAGUCCUGCAGCAGGACCCUCAGUCCCCACCUCCCACCUAUAUAUACCUGCUCCAGGAACCCAGGGACCUGCCUUCGCUGCUCCCACGUCCACACGGCCACACUCGCCUCCCCAGAGAACCUGAGCCAGCUCGUCCCAGAGGAAGCAACAGCGGCAGCAUGGAGGACAGAGCUCAAGAGGCACAGAUCUAAAAUGAUGCCCCUACGCCCCUUUGAGCUUCUCCAAGAGGGUCAUGCUACUUGCUUCCAAGCACUUGCCCCUGAGACCCCUUUCUAGCUUCCCAACCAGGUGCAGGGUGCAUCCAAGAGACCAAAGGCCAAGGGGCUUCACGAGGGGAAAGGAUGCUCGUGGUGCUCACACUCUCUUUGGAAUCCUCCGUGCAGUUGGGUUCAGAACAUGCUCAGAUUACCCACUGACUCCCUGAAAUAGUACAAACUCUACCACUGGGCUUUUGAAAUCCUUCAAAAUCUGAACCCAAUCUCUGUUUCCACAUGAAUGUAAUCUUACUCUGGCCUCUACUACAACUCAUGUUCCCAAUAAUCUGAUCUCGUUGUGACUGGUCUAUCCCCCCACCUCCAUGCUUUUGCAGACUUUACAUCUUGCCUGGGAUGCUCUCCCUUCUCACUCCCACUUCUUAGGCUCCCUGCUUUCCUCCAAGAUAUAGUUGUGAUACCACCUGCUACACAAGGCUUUUCCAUAUUCUCCAUUCCCAAACCCAUAUCACUUUGCAAUUACUUUCUACAUAUAUUUCUGCCAUAUUUCAGUUUGCAUGGUUCCUAAAAAAAUUUUUGUACAGUAAAACAUAAGUUCCUUGAGGGCAGGGAGAAUUCUGUUAUCUGUGCAUUGCUAGUGUCCUCUACAUAGUAGGUGCUUUAAAAAUGCUUGUUGAAAUGAAUUGAAAAUGUGGCAGUUUGACCUGCAGAAAAGAAAACUGAGAAUGGGGGAGGCAGAGAACCUAAAUAUUCAGAUUCAGGCAUACUGUAGAACUGAUGACCACCCUUUUGCUCAUGACCACUAAGGAGCUGGCCCAGAGGAAGCUGGAAGAAAUGUAGCUUCUCAAUAAUAAUAAAUAUGAUUUAAAAUGUAUAUUUAAUAAAUGAUAAGUGGAUUAGAUGCUAGAAUGGGUCAAUAAAGAUAUAAAGCAUCCUUCCUUAUAUAUCACGAAGAGAAGCCCCUAUUAGUCUAAGUUAGCUUUGGGGGGAAGAGACCUGUUCAGAGAUGGAAAAAGUAGUUACUGGGAUUAAAGGUCCUAUUAAAUGAGUGACAUUUAGGUUGAGCUGGGCUUGGAAUCAGGAAAACGAAUCCUCAUGAGUUCAUCAGACACUAGCUGUGUGACUUUGGGCAAGUCACUUAACCCUGCCUGCCUGCCUGAGUUUCCUCAUCUGUAAAAUGAACUAGAGAAGGAAAUGGCAAACCACUCCAGUAUCUUUGCCAAGAAAACCCCAAAUGGGACCACAAAGAAUUGGACAUUCUAGCCACUUAAAUCACUCGGGUUUAUGGUGCCCUGCCCAAUCAGAACAGAGAUCCCAGCAACAGAACUCAUAGAGUUCACUCGUUAAGCCGGCUCAGUGGGGUACCAGAGCAGUUGCAAAAGCCCCCUCUCCAUCCUUCUCAAAGCAGAUGUGGAAGCAGAGAUGAACAAGCCCUUAUGAAAGCUUCCCUUGUCCUGAACUCUAGGUGGCGCUGAAGGGCACGAGUUUAUCUCCGAAGCUCCGGAUCAAUGACUCGGAUUCUCUCCCACCUCUGAGGAAUCGCCCAAUUGAAUUACCGUCCGUCCAUACUGCCUGCUUCUAACUGUCCCGGCUUCCCACAAAGCAGCUUUCUGGGUCACACACUUCUGGAUUUCACGGGUCCUUCUCUCUGGGUGGCUGCUUGCUAUCUUCAAAGGCUUGCCCGAGAGCCGGCAUCUUUCAUUUAGAAAAUCACAAUUCUCCCCAUUUCUCCUAUCGUCAAAUCCACAGUCGCUUUAAAGUCAGAGCUACAUCUCCAAAUGCUCACAGGAGGUCUCACUUUCUUAGAGUUGCCCUCUUGACAAGUGUAUGUAAAUGAGGGGAAUCACCCAUCGUGCUGCAGUUCUGAAGUCUCCAAAGCUGUAGUACACAAGCGAAAUAGUAUUUUACACUGUUAAUAAAGAGAGCUGAGUCCUCAGAUCUAUACUACAGAUGAUUUUCUUUCCAGAACUGUCAAAAAUCCCAUCCAAAAGCUGUUUCUCUACACACAUAUUGUAGCAGUUUAUAGCAAAAUAAAUUUCAUUUUCCACACA